AAGGAGGCCAGAGAGUGUGGAAGUGAGAGCUGUCUUCUGUGUGUGUCUCCUGUUUCCCCGCUGAUUUUAAGUGCUACCCCAGCCUGAGGAGAGGGCAUGGAUGGGUCAGGACAGGUGGCCUGGGCAUGAGAUGUCUGCCUGUUGACGACUCACGCUUCACUUUUAGAACAGUUUCCAGAAGUGGUGGGAGGGAACGGGCAGGGCAGCUAAAUAUAGUUCUUGGGCCACUGCACUAUGUGGGAGGGUCUGUCCUCUGCUCAGUGUGUGCUGGUCACCGGUUUAGUCCACCCACUGCCAUCUGGCUCUGAGUGUCCUUGCCUGGAGCCUGCUGCUUGCCGUCUCUGGACACAGCUUGGAUCACCCUGCUGUUAGGCCUACCCUUGACUGGUCCUCCUGGGAAUCUUUUUUUGGCCUGAGUUCUCCCACCAGAUCUGCUCACCAUGUCGGCUGCACCAGGCCUCCUGCGCCAGGAACUGUCCUGCCCACUGUGCCUGAUGCUGUUCGAUGCGCCAGUGACCGCUGAGUGCGGCCAUAGUUUCUGCCGUGCCUGCCUGGGCCGCGUUGCAGGCGAGCCUGCCACUGAUGGCACAGUGCCCUGUCCCUGCUGCCAGGCACCUACGAGACCUCAAGCGCUCAGCACUAAUUUGCAGCUGGCACGUCUUGUGGAGAGUCUGGCCCAAGUACCCCAAGGCCACUGCGAGGAACACCUGGAUCCACUGAGCAUCUACUGCGAGCAAGAUAGCACGCUUGUGUGUGGUGUGUGUGCCUCGCUCGGUUCUCACCGUGGCCACCGUCUUCUGCCUGCCGCUGAAGCCCACGCACGCCUCAAGACACAGCUUCCACAACAGAGACUACAGCUGCAGGAGGCAUGCAUGCGGAAGGAGAAAAGUGUGGCCGUGCUGGAGCAUCAGCUGGCGGAGGUGGAGGAGACAGUGCGGCACUUCCGGGGAGCUGUAGGGGAGCAGCUGGGGAAGAUGCGGGUGUUCCUGGCUGCCCUAGAAAGUUCCUUGGACCGUGAAGCAGAGAGAGUUCGGGGUGAGGCUGGGGUCGCCUUGCGGCGGGAGCUGUCGAGCCUGAACUCUUACCUGGAGCAACUGCGGCAGAUGGAGAAGGUGCUGGAGGAGGUGGCUGACAAGCCACAGACAGAGUUCCUUAUGAAACACUGCCUGGUGACCAGCAGGCUGCAGAAGAUCCUGUCGGAGUCACCACCACCUGCAAGGCUGGAUAUCCAGCUGCCUGUCAUUUCAGAUGACUUCAAAUUCCAGGUGUGGAGGAAGAUGUUCCGGGCGCUGAUGCCAGCGCUGGAGGAACUGACUUUUGAUCCCAGCUCUGCGCACCCGAGCCUGGUCGUGUCCUCGUCUGGUCGCCGCGUGGAGUGCUCGGAGCAGAAGGCGCCGCCAGCGGGAGAAGACGCGUGCCAGUUCGACAAGGCGGUGGCCGUGGUGGCUCAGCAGCUGCUGUCCCAGGGCGAGCACUACUGGGAGGUUGAGGUGGGCGACAAGCCGCGCUGGGCUCUGGGAGUGAUGGCGGCUGACGCUCCCCGCCGUGGCCGGCUGCACGCGGUGCCGUCCCAGGGCCUGUGGCUGCUCGGCCUGCGCGAUGGCAAGGUCCUGGAGGCGCACGUGGAGGCCAAGGAGCCGCGGGCACUGCGCACCACCGAGAGGCGCCCGGCGCGCAUCGGCCUCUACCUGAGCUUCGCCGAUGGUGUACUAGCUUUCUAUGAUGCGAGCGACGCCGACGCGCUUGCACCCCUCUUUUCCUUCCACGAGCGCCUGCCGGGGCCGGUGUACCCUUUCUUUGACGUGUGCUGGCACGACAAGGGCAAGAACUCUCAGCCGCUGCUGCUCGUGGGGCCUGACAGUGAGCAGGCCUGAGCUCCGACAAUGGGGAGGAGACCUGGUCCUGAAGGCGGUGGGAGGGUUUAGCUCACCUUUGUCAGGCCUGGAGUGGGAUG